GUUAAUGCAUUUCACCGGUAAAUAAACACCACCGACAGAACCCGAGUGGGCGAUAUAGACAAUCAGAGUCUCCAAUCCAGUUCUGUCUCCACUGAAAGAGCUGAAUCCAUCUCGAAACACAAAAUCUUUUCGCAAGAUCUACCCGGUAUGGCGAAGCACACGGCGGCUUUGAAAGUUGGACUGACUUUGCUUGCUCUGAGCAUGAUCGGUUACAUACUCGGCCCGCCUCUCUACUGGCACCUCACCGAGGCACUUGUCGCUUCCGCCUCUUCUUGCUCCCCUUGCGUCUGCGACUGCUCCUCCGUGCCUCUUCUCACCAUCCCCAAAGGACUCAGCAAUGGAUCUUUUGGAGAUUGUGCAAAGCAUGACUCAGAGGUGAACGAAGACACAGAGAAGAACUACGCUGAGCUAUUAACAGAGGAACUGAAGCAACGCGAAGCAGCAUCCAUGGAGAAACACAAACGAGUAGACACAGGUCUGUUAGAGGCCAAGAAGAUCACAUCCUCUUUCCAGAAGGAGGCGGAUAAGUGCAACUCCGGUAUGGAGACUUGUGAAGAAGCAAGAGAGAAGUCGGAGAAGGCACUUGUGGAGCAGAAGAAGCUGACUUCUAUUUGGGAACUCAGAGCUCGUCAAAAAGGGUGGAAAGAAGGAGCCACCAAGUCAUCUGUUAAAUCCAAAAGCAGUGUCCAGGCUUCUUAGAGGCACACUCUUUAAGUUGUUUUUAUAUUACACGAAAGAAUGUAUUUUAUGGAUUUUGAUUUAUAAUAUUGUCUUGUAGUUUUCUGAUGGAACAGAUAUUGAAUGAAACAGUGUACCAAAACAACAAUGUAUUAAUGGAUUUUGAACAAAUUUUUAUUACAAA